AUGUCAACCGCCAAAGGCUACCACGAUGCGCUCUUAGCCCUCUCUGGCAAUCCCGUCUUCGCCGCCGAACGAGACACUCUUCUCGCUAGCAUCAGCGACAACGAACUGCUCGACGUCAUCACCCACGGUCUCAAGACUGGUUCUCCUAGAGAAACUCUCAACGCCAUCGCGACACGACUACUUGAUGGGCUUGCGAGGGCUCCAAAGGUCGACGACGUGGUGGUGCCGGGAAAAGGCAAACAUGGCGACGAUGAUGGUGAUGAUGAUCAUGACAGCGGCGGUGGUGGCGUCCGCAAGAGUGGCGGAGGUGGUAAACCUAAAGUGCAGGAAGUCAAAAAGCGAAGACCCAUAGCGGUAAAACGUGCACAGCCUCAACCAGCUCAGACCCCAGCAUCGCAAGGAACUCCACCAUCAACCGCAAACAGAAAGAGACCGGGACCUAAACUUGCGCAACCGGCGAAGAAGAGGAAGGACGUGAGCCCAGAGCCGAUGGACGAUGAAGAAGAUUUCUUCAAGACAGAGGGUAUGGAAGAGCAGGAAGAAGCAAAGGAGAUCGCAAGGAAGGAUACUAAGAAACAUCCCAGUAACGCUCCAGCGACCAACAGCAAUACCACGGUAUCCUCCAGUAUCACCAAAGAAACCGAGAGCCAAACAGACACAAGCUCCGAAGACGAUGCAAUGUGGAAAGAAAUACAGAACCACUCCGUUAUCAGGGAUCUACAACUCGUUGAUAGGAAUAACAUCAAUGACAAGGAAAAGAAUGGCGAUGGGAAGCAAGAAGAUGCCAGAGUCUCAGCCUCAAGCCUAACCAAGACUAUACAGAUUCCGGACAUCGAGGUUCGCUUCAAAAUGCCUAAAUUGCUACAUAUUCCCUCCGAUGCCCAUCGAGGAACGAUGGACGUCUUCCCACUCUCCUUCGUCAAAGAAUUUGUUCGCAAUUUCAACAGAAACUACCUCGUGGGCGAAAAGAACAGAACCGCAUUCCGCGACAUGAUCAAGAAAACGUCGGAAUACGGUCUUUGUGUGCGCUGCGACGAGUAUCUAGAGCAAUGUCAUUGGUGGAGGGCUCGGGCCCUCGCCCCCCAUUAUGUGUGGAAACAUUGUUGCGUUGAUUGUCUUGGAAAGGCAAGCUUAUGUGCCAGAUCCGAUGAGUGGGUUGAUUACAACCAGGUUGCUGGACAUGGAAAGAUCGUGCUCACAGUAUAUCCGGUUCGUUCCGAUGUCUUCGUCGGAGCAGGUUGGCGAACUAUAGGCUUCUGGGUAGGAACUCAAGAUCGUUGA